AUCCCCGGAGUUUAUUUUGGUGACUCAUCAUGUCAGUCAUGUGGGCGGAGAAAAUCUUAUAGGUACUUAAACAGCUAUCGGGACAGAUAGAUAGGGCAGGUUGAUUUUGGCAAUACAAACCACUGGUGGACAUUGGGUUGGGAAGUUGUCUCAUAAAUUGAUAAUUAUAAAGGAAAGGGCCCAUCGUCAACCAUGGACCAGCAAUACGGGUGUAAAGUCGAAGACGUAUUCCCCUGUUUUCUCCAAGGUCUGGAAUACCUGUGUAACGUCUCCGGGCUUAUCGUAGAGCCAUCUUCUAGCACCGAUGACAUUACUUCCAACUUGGAACAAGCCCAAGUUUUUAUCGAGAUUUCGCUCGAAGACACUCAGGAGAUCCAAAGCAAAGUCAACGAGCGUAUGGAAGUCCACUUUGUUGUCUUCAACAUAUUACGAAAAGAGAUGGAGGAAGAACUGCAGAGGAUUUCCGAAAACGAACAUCGACAGCAACAAAUGAAAGACAACAUAAGCUCAAAAGAAUGUGCAUCACGUGACGUUCAAGAGUUGCUCAACAUUACCAGUAAAAAUAAAAGUAAGGCAGAAAAUAAGUUCAAAAUAGCAAAGGCAGGUUCUGUAAUAACAGGCAUAGCCAGCGCAGUAGCCAUGAUAAUACCUGAGGUAGGAAUGCCCGUAAGAGUAGUUGGGGGGAUCCUCGCUGCGAAAGCUAUAACAGAGCUUGCUUUAACGAUAGACCGUUGCAAUAAAAUGGAGAGGGAAUUUAGGAGUCAGGUAAACUCCUAUAAAGAGAGUCUGCGCAAUAUCAAAAACGACCUUUCUUUACUGGAAAAAGAUUUAAGACACCUGAAAGGACAACAUCACCAACUGCUGAAAGAAUUUCGUAAAAUCGAACAUGAAAAUGAAGCACUUCAUCAAACUCUGCUCCAGGCCACAAAUCUCAUCCAGGUAAUACACGGCUGCUCCGAGUUCCUUGGUUUACUGCUCGGCCGUUUGUCUGUGGCCUCCUCCACCGUCGGCUGCCUUACCGAGGGGGACAUAGAGACAUUUCUGAUAACGCUCACAGAACUCGCUAACCUUCUGGAGGGCAGAGAUGGAAGUUCUUACACCAGAGUAAUGCAGACAAUAAGCGCUGUGAAAUUGACGGGCCAGAAACUACGAAAAGCAACCGAGGCGAGAACAGCUCUUGAGGGAGAAAAACGAGACUAUUUGGGAUACAUAUAGGACAUUGUUAUAUGAUGAUUUGAACUUGACCUUUUCAUUAUUAUUACAUAUGGCAACUCAUUCAUUUAGAUGUGUAGGCCCUAAUACUCUAUAUUUAUUGAGAUAUUUAUACAUGCGCAUAUCAGCUCUCCAAAAACGUAAAAUGAAUUGAAUUAAAAUUUUCUUUACAAAGACAUAUCAUUGAAUAAAAUUAUUUGCCCCUUUAGCAAAUAAAAUUAUCGCCGUACAUGAGCGCCAUCCUAUGUGUAUUUUAGUAUACUACUUUCAAAAUACAUUUACAUUGUAACAGCCUGUAAGGAAGGUCAAGAUUGUGUUGUGUAUUAAUGUACGAAAUUUUACCCACCCGAUAAAAUACAUCUGUAGACGCACAAUAUAUACAAAGUAAGAAAAAGAUGUUUUUAUUUGCAAUUUUCAU